AUGAAUGACAUUUUGAUUAAUGUAGACUAUUAUUACGUCUAUAAUGCUUCUUCAUUCAACAAUAAUGAUUCCUUAUACAAUUUGUCGUUGGGAACAGAAUGUUAUUCGACUAACCUUCUCUACAACUCAAGUUUUGGCUUUGAAAUAGCCGUCCCAGGAUGGGAAGCAUUAACUACAAUAGUGAUGUUGGUCAUAGUUAUAGCAGGAACUGUUUUUGGAAACAUCCUGGUAAUACUUGGAGUUUUCACAUAUAAACCCUUGAGAAUAGUGCAAAACUUUUUUAUUGUGUCGUUAGCAGCAGCCGAUUUAGCAGUGGCAGUGUUAGUGAUGCCGUUAAAUGUUGCGUACAUGACAUUAGGACGAUGGUUGUGGGGCAAACAAUUGUGUAAAAUGUGGCUAACUUGUGAUAUAAUGUCGUGCACUUCGUCGAUCCUGAACUUGUGUGCUAUAGCUCUCGACAGAUACUGGGCAAUAACAGAUCCAAUUAAUUACGCUAAUAAGAGGACAUUGGAAAGAGUAGUGUACCAAAUAAUUGGAGUAUGGAUCCUGUCUUUGUUAAUAAGUUCACCACCUAUUUUGGGUUGGAAUGAUUGGCCAAAUGAGUUUACCGCAGAUACUCCUUGUCAGUUGACCUCAGAACCCGGUUAUGUCGUGUAUUCAUCGCUCGGAUCAUUCUUUAUUCCUCUUCUUAUUAUGACAAUAGUGUAUAUCAAAAUAUACAUAGCCGCAAGAAAGAGAUUAAGAAAACGAGUCCUAGUAACGCGCAUUCAAAACAAAAAUCCGGUGUUGGUAAUACAAAGUCAAGAAGAAAGCCAAGAAAAUAGAGACGAUUCAGACAAUGAAUCCGACAUUGCGCGUCAAACGAUUGAAUCGAAUAUGCACCAGAUGCAAGCAGACGUUUCACCAGGUAGUUGUGGAAGUUAUAAAACGAAAGUAGUUGGUUCUUUGAAGAAAAUGAGCCACAAGAAUAAGAAGCAGGAGAAGCCUUUGUUGGCCAGUGUCAAUAAAAGCGGCGACGUAGUAAAUCAGUUCAUUGAACAAAAGCAAAAGAUCUCCCUGUCUAAGGAGCGCCGUGCUGCGAGGACUCUCGGGAUCAUUAUGGGUGUAUUUGUUGUCUGUUGGCUUCCAUUUUUCCUAAUGUAUUUAAUAUUACCCUUUUGCUCAUCUUGUUGUCCUAGUCUAAGGCUCAUUAAUGUAAUCACGUGGUUAGGGUAUGCCAACUCAACAGUAAAUCCAUUAAUUUAUACCAUUUUCAAUAUUGAAUUUAGAAAAGCUUUCAAAAAGUUAUUAGGCCUGAAAUAG